CAAUGAUCGCUUCGUUCUCAUAGAUAAUUUUAACAUACUAGAUCAUAAACACUCGACUAAAAAGUAAUCAUCAAAGAAAAAGAAAAACCAUGUUAGUCUAUUCCUUCUAUGUGUUUUACCGUGGGCAGAAGUGUGUGUACCGCCAAGACUUCCUACAAACCGACUCCGAAACGAAGUUGAUUUACGGGUUGCUCGCGACCAUGAAGUCGUUAUCGCAGCAAAUCACGGAGAAGAUACAGAUUCAAGACCCGAAUCGGUCUGCACUUUCCAAAACGACAACCGGUUCCGGUGCGGCACAUCAUCAACACAAUAAGCCAGGACUAGUACCACUAGCGGUGCAACCGUCGGCGACGAGCAGUCGAAACAUCCAGCAAUUCAAUUCCUACACAACCCCGAUAUCCAAGAAAGAAACUGUGUGUGUGUAGGUGUCUUGGAGUGACAGCAUGACAAAUUUAUUUUUGCACUGCAUGACUACAGAGAAAACUUGUCAUGCGCAGCCCGUACGUGAAAAGGAAAACACAUAGUACGAAAUAAACAGAAGUUGAUGGCUGGCCAGCAUGACAGGUGUAACUGUGUUGUGUCUUUAUUUGCAUCACAGAUUUACACUUCUAAUUACAUAGUUUUUUUCUUGCAUACCCGAAGUACAAGCUGCACUGUCUGGAGAUUCCCAGCGGGUAUUAUUUCGUGUGCACGACGGAGCUAUCAAAUGCAAAAGUCCCUGGAUGUCUGGAAACUUGUGAUGCUGGGUGGCGUCUCAUGAUGAGGCAUUACAAGUGCUGGCUCAGCAUGACAAGUUUCUGAGCUUCUAGGUGUAUGCCUAUUCUGCAUGACAAACUGCGUUUCUGCAUCACAGAAAAAUGGAGUUCUUGGGUAACGUGCAUGACAGAUUUAAGAGCCAUGCCAGACAAGCGUGACAAAUCUCGCAAUCUUCCAGACCCAGACAUUUUUACAGUUGAUAGGAGCCGAACGCGUUACUUGACAUGCGGGACUACAUGCGACAACUGUAUCAGCAGUUUUUCGUUCCGUUAGUGUUACAGUCCCCGGACUACACAGAGUAUCCCACGAAAAAACUGUUUCACUGUGAUGAUUUUGCAAGAACCGCAUCACAAGUUUGUUACACAUGACGCAGAAAAUUUGCCAUGCGCGUUUCCCAAGGGAAAACACGCUCGAAAAUCGAAUGUCUUGCAGGUGUAGCAAGACAAAUAGUUCUCCACUCUAUUUUCUGCAUCACAAGUUCACAGUGAAACAGUUUUCUCUUGCGAUACAGAGCUGGGGGGGACGAUAAGCGAAGACUCCCGGUUCGGCCGGGAGGUUACGCAGAUUUUUCACCGCCUCAACGCAGCCAGAUCUUCUUCCUCUUCAAGUGUGGGUCGGAGCUGAUGAAAUUUUGUUCACUCGCUUAUCAAAUGUAAAAAUGUCUGGGUCUGGAAAGUUGGAACUUGUGAUGCUAACUUUGGACUCUAAAAAAAUGUGUAUUGCAUGACCAGCAAGAGGACCCACAUUUGUGCUACGCGAGGAGGGCAUUUGUCAUGCGGAAAUGGCAUCAGGAAGCUUUCCAAAAAUCUGUGAUGCUGGGUCAUGCGUUACAAGCAUCAUGGGUCAUGCCAGACAAGCAUGACAAGCCUUCCAUUCUUCCAGACCCAGACAUUUUUAUAUUUGAUACUCGCUUGUCACGAUGCAAUCGUUUCGCCUUGUUGCAUCUGUUGCAUCGCUCGCAAUGAAAGUCUGGCAAUGGCCUUGGCUUGUUUGCCUAUGAAUUCAU